GAGGAGGAGGAGGAGGAGGAGGCUCAGCCUAAGCCUGAUGAGUUUUUAGGACUCCCCUCUCAUGAGUCUGUAUUGUCUUUGUACGGGAGCCAUAUUGCCCGACUUCUCUACAACAAACAUAUCGUCUGGUUCUUCAAUGUGUCGGCAACAACAAAAUGUUGAACAAGCUGGUUACUUCGUAUCUUUGGUGGUUUGAUGAUGCCAUCGAAGCCACCGGGCUGGCAGACCUUGCCAGCACCGGUUACUUAUUUCUUGAUUCGGCCUUGUUGUCUGCUCUUGCAGAGAUGUGGCAUGACGAGACCAAUAGCUUUCAUCUUUCUGUCGGGGAUGUGUAAAAAAAAAAUCUUUAUGUCGAGGAGAUUAUAGUGACACUAAAUGACGUGUUAUAUCUGUUGCAUCUGACGUCUCCUGGACCACCCCGACAUCAUGACCAGAUCUAAAGUCGUUGACUUGAUGGUGGAGGUCAUUAGAGCAUCUCCCGCAAACGCUGGCCGGGAAGUUACACUUGCCAAAGAGCCUCAUGCACGGUUUAUAUACCGGAAGCCCCUAUUUUGAGGACGCGUCUCUAAUGCGCGUCAAGCUGAAUUGGGCGACGAUGAGGUCAGCAUGAAUAUGUACCGGAAUUACGCCGUCAUGGUAUACCUUUUAUUCUUGAUUGGCACCACCAUCUUCUCCAACAAGAGCAAGAGGUAUGUCGAUGUCACCUUUAUAUUAUUUUUUAUUUUUGAAUGCCCAAGAUUUCAGUGGACCUUUCCAUUCACAAGUGAGGAUCUGAUCACACAUUUCUUUCUUUUUUUUUUUUUGAUAAACCCUUCAGAAAAUUGCUUUUUAAGCCCCAUGGAUUGCUCUCAAACCCCCCUAAAAUUCCAAAAUACCCUCGCAAUUGAAACCAGUUUCGUUUGGUAAAUACAACCCGAAAGCAAUUGCGUUCGGUAAAUACGUGACGAACACGCUUGGGUUCGGUAAUUACGUGACGAAUACGCUGUGGUUCGGUAAAUACGUGCCGAAAGGACGUGAGAUACAGUUUUAAACACAAAACAUCUCAUUAGUUACGAUAAUCACAAGUGUUGAAGGUGGAAGGGCGAUUCUCUAGGGUUUAGGGUCGCAAAUUCGAAGGCAAGAAAGAAGAACAAGGUGAAAUUCGUUGACAACAAAUCAUUCAUCACCAACAAGUAAGUUUUCAAACUAAUCUCUCUUGUAUUGUUGGUUUUCUUAGGUUUCCACGAAUUGCUUUUGUUUUGGAUUAUAUUUAGAUUGUAUUCUUGAUUGUGUUGUUGAUUCCACGAUUUGGGAUGUUAAUUUAAUUUAUGGCAUAAAAUUUUGAUUCAUAGUUUGGAUUAUGUCCACCAAGUGUUUGAUAAAAUGCUUGAAUGAGAUUGAUUGUGUAGAUUUGUUGAUAUGAGUAACUGUGAAUUGGUUGUUUGAUAUAUGUGCACCAAGUGUUUGAUAAAAUGCCUGAAUGAGUAAGUGUGCAAUUGAAUUUAGUAACUGUUAUAGGAAUGGUUGUAUUUUUAAAUUGUUUACUGUUAUAGGAAUGUUCUUGAUUAUUGUUGUGUAUUUUGUUAUAGGAAUGACAGAUGAUGUUGGGCGAACAAGAGGUGGAAGGGAAAGUAGAUCACAUGGCUCUGCACGAAGAGAGGCUGCGAAGGUACAUAGAAACACAAGACAAACUAAGGGGAAAAGUGUUAUUGUAGAGCCUGAAUCUGAAGAUGAUAAUGUGGAGGAACAACAGUUUGAGGAUGAGCAUGAAGUGGACAUAGGGCAACAGGCGUCUGAACACGAAGAUGAGCAGGAAGUCGAAGAUGAGAUGGAAGUUGCUGAUGAUGUGGAAGAUGAGAUGGAAGUUGCUGAUGAUGUGGAAGAUGAGAUGGAAGUUGCUGAAGAACAAACACCACCACCACCAGAAAAAAAAUCACGUAAAAAGAAUCCGAGAACAACACAGGGAAGAAACCCACCACCUGUAUCAGAACCACCAGUUACAUCUUAUGAUGGUGGUCCAAAGGAGUUGUCGUUGUUGCCCGGAUUUGGGAAACAUGUUGCUGUCGCGAUUUGCGACACCAUUUGAUCAACUCAUCUCGCUCAUUGCAAUACGGUGCUUCAUAAAAAUAUUUUCCCGUGUCAACUUUAUGCUCAUUAUCACUGGGUUCCACAACAUUAACGGCCGGUUCCACAACAUUAGGUUGAGCAAUGACAAGUUCCACAACAUUAGGUUGAACAAUGACAUGUUCGACAACAUUAACAGAGUCGGGUUCAUCAAUGUUUGUUUUCAAUUCAUCCAGAGGUUCCCCCAUCCCAACACCUAUGCAUAUUAACCAAUAUAAUCAGACCCAAUCAGCAUACAUGUUUUAUUCAAUGUGUAUCUAUCAAACCCAAUUCAUUAAGUAACAUACUUUCAACAUAUUUCAUAGAAACACCAUUAAAAUUGAAAAAAAAAACCGAUUAAAGCAAAGAUUACCUUUUGUAUGACUCCAAAUGAGAUUAGGAUCCCUCUAUGAGUGAAGAAACGUUGAUUUGAUGCCUUCCAAAGCUCCCAAAAUCGCCUUAGGGCGCAACAAUCCGGAUUGAGUGUAGAAGAGGCUAUGACAUGACAGGUUCUGUCAUCUGCUCUAUAUAGGGCAACUUCGGUAGAUACGAACCGAAACUUGACGUUUUCGGUAGAUACGGACCGAAGUUUAGCGUUUUCGCUUCGUAUUUACCGAACUUAAAAUUUUUUAAGGGCAAACGCUCACUUCGGUAGAUAAGUACCGAAAUCAUGUCAUACUGUGAUGAAUCUGCUUAUAAUGCUGGCCUUAGCUUAAUGUCACAUACCUUCGGUACACAAUUACCGAAGUUAUGUUGUUUUGGUUUGUACCUACCGAAAUAUUUCAAGGGUAAACCGGUCAAUUUGGGGGGCCUGGGAGGAAUAUGGCAGGGCUUAAAAAGCAAUUUUCAACCCUUCACACAUUUCUUUCUGCACUUGAUUUGAUUAAUGAUGGGCCAGGCCAACCUCAUUUUCUACGUAUCCAAGUAAUGUUUCACAUCACCUCCAAGAAUUUCUAAUCCUUCUAGCUGUAAAGGCAACUUUAUACCUAAAAGUUAUACGUGGUGUGGGGGUAUAGGCUAGAUGUUCCAAGUUCAAACAACUCAGAACUCACUAUCCAACAACCAAACGUGCACUACUUACUUUUCCAUGUGUUCUUAUGACUCAUUUUUGACCAUAGCAUCAUUGAAUGCCAUGCAUCUUUACUAGCCAAGGCCAACCAUGUAAGCCAAAAAUUGCAAUAAUUUAUGUUCUCAAAUAGUAGAAAUUAGUUCAUGUGAGUGCUAGCUGCACGAGUGAAGAUAGUGAAGGCCCAUAACUAUGUUUCAAGCUACUAUAGAGGAAAUACAAACAAGAGUUAUUAUUAAAGUAAAUCCUCAUUUUGAUUCCUAAAUAUGUGAGGCAACAUCACUAUAUAUAGUCUUAAGUCUUAACUUAAAUGUAUUGAAAUUAUAUAAGCAUGUUUGUAUUGAAAUUAUAUAAGCAUAUUUGAGUAUGGCAUUUGUUAAUGAUUUCGUGGAUUGAAUUGACUCACAUAAGAGAAAUCUGAUGAUCAAAUUAACUAAUGAAUAACACAUUUGAGGAUCAAAAUCGCUAACGACAGACAUAUUCAAUGAUUAUAGUGAGUGUAUAGCGAGUGUUUGAUGUAUUGAAAGAAAAAAAUGAUUGUUUAGUUCUUAUUUUCAUUUUCUUUUGAGUAAAAAUAUACUAUAAUCCAACUGAUUUCAUUUUUGGAAUGGAAUGAAGAGAGACUGGAUUGUCUCCUGUGAAUGCCUCUCAAGUAUCCCUCCUGUGUAAUCUCAAUCACACUGGAGAGAAUGCUUUCUCGAAUGAAGAAGCAACAAUCAAUCAUCAAAAUUGACAUCAAUUGAAGCCUGUUAUUUUAUUACACUAUUUUUGCAAAGCAAAAUAUUUGAAUA